CUCGUUAGAUACCUGAUUCAUUAUUAUACGUCCGAUAAAUAUCGCUAUCUAAGUAUCGCUUGCAAAGCAUUCGGUGGACAACUUCGCUUGCUAUUCUGCGCACAUCAGUGGUGGCUAGCUAACACCGGCAGUCUGUUUGGUCGUAUUCAUCUAAGCACACCGUAGCAUUAACUGUUAAAGUUAACCCAAACGGUGUCUGAGGCACAUCAGAGCCUCUCAUCCUCAAGCCUUCGGAUGUCUAGCCAUGUGUGUGGCCGCAUCCUUCUGCGAGCUGCAAGCAGCACCCUCAGCCCUCUCUCUCCCCCUCCCCAGUGGCCCAGUCUGACCCAGCGAGCCUGCCUCUCCUCCUGGGGCUGCUCUGUGUCUGGUGCUAGGUGUAGGUCUGGGGCCACCAUGCGCUUCCUCUCCACCCGUCAGGACCUGGACUUUCAGCUGAGCCGUGUCCAGAUCAGCAGCAUCCUGCGAGCCAACGAGCAGGCAGUGAGCAUCCCUGAGUUUGAUGGCCGGGGUCUCAGUGCUGUGAGGAAGUUUGAAAGCAACCAGCUGGCAGCUAACACCCCCAACGAGGACCGCCGCAGCGCAGCCACCUGCCUACAGACUAAGGGCAUGCUGUUCGGGGUAUUUGAUGGUCAUGGUGGCUGGGCGUGUGCCCAGGCGGUCAGUGAGCGUCUGCUGUACUACGUGGCGGUGGCCAUGAUGUCCCAGAGAGGACUGGAGGAGCUGGAACACUGCAUGGAGCAGAGCAGGCCUGUCCCUCCCAUCCUACAGUGGUACAAAAACCACGGAGACUACAACUACAGAGAGUCAGCCUCGCUCUACGUUGAACACCUCCGGGUCUUCUGGCAGGAGCUUCUGGACAGCGAGGAGCACGGCGACGGAAUGAGUCCGCCUGAUGCUCUUUAUUAUGCCUUUAAGCGUCUGGACACAGACAUCUCUCUGGAGGCCCAGGUCCCACACUCUAGCGACCUGAUAAGGAGUACUGCCAUACAGGUGGCGUUUGCUGGCUCCACAGCCUGUGUUGCCCACGUGGGCACUGAGGGGAUCCAUGUGGCGAAUGCAGGUGACUGCCGUGCAGUGCUGGGGGUGCAGGAGGAGGACGGGUCGUGGAGCGCCUUACCUCUGUCCCAGGACCACAACGCACAAAACGAGGCUGAGCUGGGAAGGCUCCGAGCCCAGCACCCCCCCUCGGAGAGGGACACUGUGAUCACUGACAACAGGCUGCUGGGGAUCCUGAUGCCUCUGCGUUCGUUUGGAGACGUAAGGUUCAAGUGGAGCCUUGAGCUGCAGCAGAGUGUUCUAGAAAGCCUGGAGUCUGGAAUAGAACUGGACUUCCUUAACCUCUACCAGUACACUCCGCCCAACUACCUGAGCCCGCCCUACCUGGACGUGGCGCCGCAGCUGACCUAUCACAGCCUCCGACCGCAGGACCGCUUCCUGAUCCUGGGCUCUGAUGGGCUGUGGGACGAGAUGAGCUCUGAGGAGGCGGUUCGGCUGGUGGGCGAACACCUGAGUGGGAUUCAUCUACAGGCUCCAGUCUCCCCCACUGAGAGACAGUUGAACCUGGGCCAGAUGCAAGAGCUGCUGUGGAAACGCCGUGCCCUUGCCAUGCCCACCCUGGACCCCAAUGCUGCCACACACCUCAUCAGACAUGCCCUGGGCACCGGGCAGUAUGGAGAGCUCUGCCAGGAGAAACUGGCAUCUAUGUUGGCUCUGCCUGAGGACCUGGCACGCAUGUACAGAGACGAUAUCACAGCUACUGUGGUUUAUCUGAACUCUGAUCUGGUCAGACAACACAGGUAAUGCAGAUGGGGACACACAAGAACAUACAAUUUUUACAGUAAAGAUGGUAUACUUCAACUCAUGCCUGGUCACAUAACACACACACAUUUCUUGACAGUUGUUUACUUUACCCUACGGUGAAAACAUUUGCUGCGUACCUAGGCCUAAUGCUCAAACACUGCUCGCAGAGAACUGAGUGGCAUUGUAUUAGUGUUUUUCAGAUGGUUAAAUAAACUCAGCAAAAAAAAAAACGUC